AUGGCGGAGCUAAUCCUAAAACACUCCGCCGCCGCGGCCUUUUUUCUCACAGUUCUCUCGUUAACUUCGUCCUUCGCCAUCGACGGAUCGGACUCUUUCUCUCCAAACCUCUCCCCAUUGUCCCUGGGGAUAAACAAUAAAUCAGAGAAACUAAGACAUCUCCAUUUCUACUUCCACGACAUCGUCGUUGGCAAAAACGCCACCGCCAUCCGCGUAGCGAAAGCACCGACGACGACCACGUCGUCUCCGUUCGGUGUGGUGGUGGUGAUCGAUGACCCUUUGACGGUCGGGCCCGACAUAGGGUCCAAACUCGUUGGAAAAGCGCAAGGGAUUUAUGCUUUCGCGUCGCAGACUGAUUCUACCUUGCUAGUGGCUUAUAACUUUGCUUUCAUGGAGGAGGAAUAUAAUGGAAGCAGCCUUACCGUUUUGGGGCGGAACGUGGUGUCUUCGGCCGUAAGAGAGAUGCCGGUGAUCGGAGGCAGUGAGGCUUUCCGGUUUGCUCGUGGAUAUGCUGAAGCAAGGACUCAGAGAUAUGAUCUCAAAACUGGGAACACUAUUGUUAAAUAUAAUGCUUAUGUUUUACAUUAUUAAAAUAUUGUUUU